AUGAGUACCAGUGUCCUCUCGGCAACGUGCCGGAGUCACAUCGUUUCAUACAAGCGCCCUCCAGGAGUUGGACUUGGUUGGGGCGACUUUGAUCGCUUCUAUGAAUGGCAGUUACUCGGCCGUAAGGUUCAAAAGUCGAUGGUGCGAGCUCAGAGGUUUCAGCAAUCCAACUCUCCCCACAUGACCUUCAUUUCCGAGUUGACCGGCUGCCUUCAUAUUGUACGAACAGAUUCGACCAAGAUUGAAUCUCGAAGGAAACUCAAGAGACUCAACUUGUGGCAGAAGCUCAAAAAUGGCAAGAAUUAA